GGUGGUUGCAUCAGAUUCUGGGAAGCUGGCAUAGGGGCCGCUGGUUUGGAAUUUCUAAGAUGUCAGGUUCCUCUGGGGAGCAGGCUCCUGCCUACCGGUCCAUCCUGAGCAUUAGUGACGAGGCAGCCAGGGUGCAGGCCCUGAACGAGCACCUCAGCACGCGUAGCUAUGUCCGGGGGUACUCCCUGUCCCAGGCAGAUGUGGAUGCGUUCAGGCAGCUCUCCGCCCCUCCCGCUGACACGCGCCUCUUCCACGUGGCUCGGUGGUUCAGGCACAUAGAAGCCAUCCUGGGCGGCCCCUGCGCCAGAGGCGAGCCCUGUGGGCGCCAAGCAAGUAAGAGCCGGCGGGGGCAGCCUCAAUGGUCCCCUCCGGCUGGGUCUCCUCCAUGCAAGCUCCGCCUUUACAACAGCCUCACCCGGAACAAGGACGUGUUUAUACCUCAGCAUGGGAAGAAGGUGACGUGGUAUUGCUGUGGGCCUACUGUGUACGAUGCGUCUCACAUGGGGCAUGCCAGGUCGUACAUCUCCUUCGACAUCCUGAGGAGGGUGCUACGUGACUACUUCGGGUAUGAUGUCUUCUACUGCAUGAACAUCACAGAUGUGGAUGACAAGAUCAUCAAGAGGGCCCGGCAGAACUACUUGUUUGAGGAGUAUCGGGAGAAGCAGCCACGGGCGGCCCAGCUCCUGGAGGAUGUUCACGCCGCCCUGAAGCUCUUCUCAGUGAAGUUACAGGAGACCACGGACCCCGACAAAAAGCACAUGCUGGAGCGUAUUCAGCACACAGUGCAGCUGGCUGCAGAGCCUCUGGAGAGAGCCAUGCAGAAUGACCUCCCCGCAGAAGUGGCCGACAGCUGUGCAGAGGUACUGUUGGAAGAAGCAAAGGACUUGCUCUCUGACUGGCUGGACUCCACACUCGGCAGUGAGGUCACUGACAAUUCUAUUUUCUCCAAACUGCCCAAGUUCUGGGAAGAGGAAUUCCACAAAGACAUGGAAGCCCUGAACGUUCUCCCUCCAGACGUCUUAACCCGCGUUAGUGAAUACGUGCCAGAGAUUGUGAACUUCGUCCAGAAGAUUGUGGACAAUGGCUACGGCUAUGCUUCAAAUGGGUCCGUCUACUUCGAUACGGUGAAGUUUGCUUCCAGUGAGAGACACUCCUAUGGGAAGCUGGUGCCCGAGGCUGUUGGAGACCAGAAAGCCCUGCAGGAAGGGGAAGGUGACCUGAGCAUCUCUGCAGACCGCCUGAGUGAGAAGCGGUCUCCUAACGACUUCGCCCUGUGGAAAGCCUCCAAGCCAGGCGAGCCGUCCUGGCCGUGCCCGUGGGGAAAGGGGCGUCCAGGGUGGCACAUUGAAUGCUCUGCCAUGGCGGGCACUCUCCUGGGAGCCUCGAUGGACAUUCAUGGCGGAGGCUUUGACCUCCGGUUUCCCCACCAUGACAACGAGCUGGCUCAGUCGGAGGCCUACUUCGAGAAUGAUUGCUGGGUCCGCUACUUCCUCCACACGGGCCACCUGACCAUCGCUGGCUGCAAGAUGUCCAAGUCACUCAAAAACUUCAUCACCAUCAAAGACGCCUUGAAGAAGCACUCAGCGCGGCAGCUGCGGCUGGCCUUCCUCAUGCACUCCUGGAAGGACACCCUGGAUUACUCGAGCAACACUAUGGAGUCCGCACUGCAGUACGAGAAGUUCAUGAACGAGUUUUUCUUAAAUGUGAAAGACCUCCUCCGAGCUCCCGUUGAUAUUAGUGGUCGGUUUGAAAAGUGGGAAGAUGAAGAAACGGAACUGAACAAGAGCUUUUACGACAAGAAGGCAGCGGUUCAUGAAGCCCUCUGUGACAACGUGGACACACGCACUGUCUUGGAGGAAAUGAGGGCUUUGGUCAGCCAGUGCAACCUAUACAUGGCGACCAGGAAGGCUGCCAGGAGGAGGCCCAACCGGGCUUUGCUGGAAAGCAUCGCUCUAUACCUCACCCGCAUGCUAAAGAUCUUUGGGGCCAUUGAAGAGGAAAGCUCCCUGGGAUUCCCAGUGCGAGGACCUGGAACCAGCCCAGAUCUGGAAUCCACGGUCAUGCCGUACCUGCAGGUGCUCUCCGAGUUCAGAGAAGGUGUGCGAAAGAUCGCCCGAGAGCAAAAAGUCCCUGAGGUUCUGCAGCUCAGUGAUGCUCUGCGGGAUGACAUCUUGCCCGAGCUUGGGGUGCGGCUUGAAGAUCACGAAGGGCUGCCAACCGUGGUGAAGCUGGGAGACAGAGAGGCCCUGCUGAGGGAGAGAGAGGAGAAGAGACGAGUUGAAGAGGAGAAGAGGAAGAAGAAGGAGGAGGCCGCCAGGAUAAAACAGGAGCAAGAGGCAGCGAAGCUGGCCAAGAUGAAGAUCCCACCCAGUGAGAUGUUCUUGUCAGAAAGCGACAAAUACUCCAAGUUUGAUGAAAACGGUCUGCCCACACACGACGUGGACGGCAAAGAGCUGAGCAAAGGGCAAGCCAAGAAGGUGAAGAAGCUCUAUGAAGCUCAGGAGAAGCGCCACAAGGAGUAUUUGCAAAUGGCUCAAAACGGAAGCCUCAAAUGAAAGGGCAGGGGACUGAGUGUCUAAACCAAGCCAUUGGUGGCCUGCUGACUUCCUGUCUGCGUCCUUAGUGAUGACGCCCGAUCAUGUUUACAGUGGUCCUCGGCUCCCACGCUGGGGAUUGUGUUCACGGAAGCCACGCCGUCAUCAGCUUGAGACUUCAGUAAUAAAUGUUUCCCAACAGUGA